AAUCUCUUCAUAUUACAAACUAAUUCAAGAUGCCUCCAAAAUUCGACCCUAAUGAAGUUAAGUACCUUUACUUGAGAGCCGUCGGUGGUGAAAUCGGAGCCUCCUCCGCUUUGGCCCCAAAGAUCGGUCCUUUAGGUUUGUCUCCAAAGAAGGUUGGUGAAGAUAUCGCCAAGGCCACUAAGGAAUUCAAAGGUAUCAAGGUCACUGUUCAAUUAAAGAUUCAAAACAGACAAGCUACCGCCUCUGUUGUCCCAUCUGCCUCCUCUUUGGUGAUCACCGCCUUGAAGGAAGCCCCAAGAGACAGAAAGAAGGUUAAGAAUGUCAAGCACUCUGGUAACAUUCCAUUGGAAGAAAUCUUUGAAAUUGCCAGAACCAUGAAGGAAAAGUCUUUCGGUAAGAACUUGGCCUCUGUUUCCAAGGAAAUCUUGGGUACUGCUCAAUCUGUUGGUUGCCGUGUUGAAGGUAAGAACCCUCACGAUAUCAUUGAAGCCAUCGAUGCUGGUGAAAUUGACGUUCCAGAAAACUAAAUGAGAGGAUUCCAACCAUCACAAACACAACUGUAAGAAUAGAUUGACUACACAAAUUUUCACAAGAGGAUUUUCCACCUGGUGAGCUUGUAAUAAAGAACUACAAUAUAGGGUUACUUUUUAUUAUAAAUAUCAUGAUGAGACCAACACUCUAAUCAAAAUAAAUAUAAUUUGAAUUAUUGAUUAUUGGGUUUCUUUGCUUUU